GCCUACAGGUUGGAGCCCCUCAUCAGAGCCAACACUGCCACUGUAAAACCAGUUCUAGUUCCACACUACAAGGGAAGAAAACGACUGCAUUUAGGUUUGAAUGUUAUUUUUAUUCAUAUCUAUUUUUAUCUUUAUGCAAAAGGACGCUUAAGGACAAAAGUGAUUGUAUUGUGGGGGGUUGGGCUUAGUAAAAUUGUAUAAUAUACCAGUACAGCCUGAAUUAAUAUUUGCAAACUGAGAACUUCCGUAUUUCCUUUAAUAACAAAGUGAGGUACUGCACCCAUUAUGUAUUGUUCCGAUGUUGAUUAAAAUUAGUGAUAUCUAGCAGAUAAGAAUAAUAGGGCCAUACAUAUAAUGCCUAGUGAAAAGUGCUUUUUGAUAGCCGCUUUUAUAUUUUAUAACAGACUUGGUAUAAGGAUCUUGAAAAUACUCUUAUCUGUUUCAACUUUUUACUAUGAUUAAUCUGAUUUAUGUCUUUUAUAGUUAACUCCUGUAAACAUUAUUACCACUUGGUAAAAUUAUUUAUAAUAUGUCAAAUAAAAAUGAUUUAUUCUUAACUUCAAUUAGAAUUCAAAGAAGCAGUUACUCGUUACGGCACAGACAUUAAGCAAAAGAUAAUUGAUUCAUUCAAGAGCACUUGGAACACCAUUAAUGAUUUUGCUCGUGCACAUAGAAACGAUGCCUCCAAGAGCUCCACUAUGGAGAACGAGGUUCAAUCAGAAAUGGAUCAGAUGAUGUCACAUAUAGCCCAGCAACAAGCUGAAGAUGACAGAGGAUGUAAGUAAAAAGUUAGGAGUACAGCAUAGUAAUUAAAUUCACAUAUUGUCAUAGCCUCCGCAUCAGUUCCAUGUUAAUCCUUUACUAAAGUGAGAAAAAUGAUUUUUUUCAAGAUGCAACAUUGGCAAAGAUGAUUUUCAUAAUAAUAAAGUUUUUGGUAAAAAAGUUUUUUGAUAAACCUGUAUUUUCUGUAACUUUUGAUAAAGUUUAAUAUUGUGGUUCUAACUUUAAAAUCGUAUGUUUUUUAAAUAUUUGUCUCCCAUGAUUGCUAAUUGGCCAAAUACUAAUAAUAUUUCAUUUUAAACUUGAACAUAUCUUCCCCACUCACGCACAUCUCUCAACCAGUUUGUCACUAAAAGUAAAAGGGAGAUAGCUCAACUAAUAUUAAAUAAUGUUUCUGUGAUCUUUUGUGGUACUCAAAGGUCAUACUCAAUUGUCAUACUAAACAUACUGGAGAAAAGUGUAAAUAUUUUAUUUUAAUAGUAUAGUCUUUGGUACCUCAUGAACUACUUUCCGUCAUUUUUGAUGGGUGAAAAACUGCUAGUAGCUACAUAGAUAUGACCCAAAUCAAGAUGAUCAUAAACAAAUUCAAGUGCCAUCUUCACUCGCUGUCUUAAUUUAAAACCUGUAAAAUAUUUCCUUAUCCCACUUGCAGCUGUGUCAUCUAUGGCUGAGGAAGAAAUUCAUGUAGGACAACUCAAUGAAGGUCAAAGAAUUGACUAUGUCCUACAAGAAGGUCCAUUGGAGAGCUUCAAUGAUUAUUUAUUUGCUUUGGCAUCCCACUCUUGUUAUUGGUGCGUAAAUGUGUUCUGUAGAUGUUGUUAGUUUUAUUGUGGCAAUAAAACAAAAUAUUCUAAAAUCCUUUAGAUGUUAAAUUAUAGUUUUAAAAAUAAAUUCAUGCAUUAUAUUGAAUCAUGUUUUGUUAUCAAGAAAAAGACAAUGUAUGGGCUGUAGUAUUUUACAUUCCUUGUAACUCAGUUAAAUACAUUAUUUAUCAAAAUAGGUUUUUCAUCUGCUUACUUUAUGACAAUCUGUUGUGUUUCUGUGGGAAAUAAUGAGAAACUGUUAUUACUUCUGUCUCAAGCCUUUUAUAGUAUUUUAAUUUUUACAUAGUAUUUUAAUUUUUACAUCUCGCCAUAAACUGAAACUCCAUAUCUGGUAAAGACAAAACAAAAGUAUUUAAACAAAAUUAUGCUGGAAAGAUAAGCAUACAGGUUAAUGUGAACAUAUUUUGAUGUCUUUAUUUUACUUUCUGAUUAGGGAGUCUGAAGACACUGCUUUGCUGCUGCUAAAAGAAAUUUAUGCACCACUUGGCAUCAGACCCACAAUGCCUGGUGCUGAAGGUGGGAAACUAUCAAGAGAGUCAUCACUACCACCUCGACAACCUCCUCCACCACCAUCUGGAUUGACAUCAUUCUCCCCAGCGACCAAUCCUUACCAAACUCCACUCAGCUCCAAUCAGGCCCCUCCCACUUCCUUUCCAUCUUCCAAUCCCGGUUUCUUAAAUCCUCAGUCUUCCCCUUUUGGACCUUCUCCUCCUGCAGUUCAGCAACCUGUUGGACCUCCUCCCCCACUAUUUAGCCCUCAGGCCCAACAACCCUCUUUUCAGUCAGGAGUUAGGAGGUCUCCCUAUGUUGCUCCAGACUUUACUAAUCUACCCUUGAAUCAGGCCCCUGUUGCACCAGUGUUACCUCCAAUGGGGCCAGCAUUGGCUGGGGGUUAUAGAAAAGGUCAGCCUUAA